UGGUUCAAAUUAGGUUACGGUAAGAGUCAGUUUUACAUGGGUAUCCUGAUCGAGAUUCCCUAAAAACACACCUCUUGCAUACAACUACGACCGGAAGUGGCUUUUUUUCGUAGCAGGUUUGGGGAAUUUACGCAGCAGGUUAGGAUAAUUCGAUUCCUAACCUGCUAUAAAAAGUAACUAUAUCGAAGUUGCGUGUCCUUAUCUUAUACUCUGCCUUUUCCCUGCAAUAACUCAACUUCUCUGUUGUGCGCCUCUCAUUGAAAGUUCAACAAUGAUCCGGUUAAUGGUAUUCACAAGAACUGUUUACGAAGAACAACUUUUCCUGUUCCUGUUUCGGGGUUGAUUUUGUUUCACUGGUAGGCUACAAUCAACAUUCGGACAAGUCCUCUGCCUCUUCUCAAGAUAUGAAAGCGUGUUCAACGUGAUUUCCCGUUGUGUCAUUGAGAAAGACCACUCGUAUGAACGUGAUCAUUUUUCACGUACAUUGUAAUGUACGGGUCUCUUUUUCACUGGCUUUGUGAAGAUCCCUAUGCUGCUGAGAUGGAGGAGGCGUACACAGAGCUGUACAGGGAGUUCCUCCGACUGCGCUCGCUAUGUCUGAAGCAGGCUGCUCUACUCCAGCAACUCACAGAGACACUGAGGAGACAGCGAGGAGAAGCCCCUGUUCCUGAUGGACAACUCAGCGUAAUGGCACCAAUCCCAGUCCAGUGCACCCAGGGUGGCCUGGGGUCUCUCCCUGCACGGCCAGAAACCCCAAUGGUACCAACACACAACCCUGCUGCACACCGUGGCGGUAUAGUCCUAUCUGGGGCUUUUGGCUCACUCUCUGAUCUCCUGGAGGGGGAUUUGGGCAGACUACGGCUGGACUUUGCUCAUCCAGGGACAGAAAGGAAUGCGGUCCUCAAAGCCGCUCCCCUCAGGCCUCUGGAUCUACCUGGGGGUAAUAAUGGAGAGGUGGCACCCUCCAGUGUCUCUGGGGACUCGAAGCAAGCAGGUCGAUUUUGGGUUGAUGAUACGACCCGACAAAUGUUCCGGAUGCCCUCGGCUUGUGGCUCCUUCUUGGACAGUGAAUUCCUGAGCCAGACCGGGGGAAUGAUGCUGAUGUCAGAGGUGGCAAUGCAGUCUCAGGUGUGUGACUUCUGCAAUGCUGUGUUCCCUGGCUACACCACCACCAGGGGAGACUUCCUGCGCCACCUCCACACACACAUCAGCUAAAACUCUGGUUCCAUGUUGAUUCAACAUCAUUGCAUAGAUUUUUGGGGGUUGAAAUGACAUGGAAACAAUGUUGAUUCAACAAGUUUUUUCCCCAGAGGGUUAUUUUGUUGCCACAGUGAUCAGUAAUUUGCGCCAUGGGCCCUGGUCAAAAGUAGUACACUAUAUCAUAGGGUGCUAUUUGGGAUGCAGCCUUGGUCUUUAACAAUCAAAGCAGCGACGCAAAAGCACACAGCAGAACUCCUCAACGAGCCACCAGAUUGUCAGCUAUAUCUCGCUAUAUUUAGUCUGCUCUCAUCAUGGUGGUGGGGGGGGUGCACUCACAUGGAGUGAAAAGAGGUUGACAUCACAGAUACAGGUGAGUCAUGCAAGCAUCGUUUGUACAGGAUUAGCACUCAGCACAGAACUGGAAGGAACAAACAACUUGACGGCGGUGAUGGUGGUGGUGAUAUUGGGGGAAGAGUGGGAAUGUCUGUUUGGACUUAGUGCUUUUCUAUUAGUUCCCUAAUUGCUGGCAGCAUCUGAAUGACGAAGGCUUAUUCAGCCUUAUCGUACAUUUGACUCUCAUGCUCCGUCAAAAGGAGUGCAACAAAUGGGGCCACAAGAUUAAAACAAUAAAAUAACGUUUAUUGAGAUUUAACAAAAUAAAUAAUCUUCUGUUCAACAUAACAAACUGAGGUUGUUUAAUGCUUGUGAGGCAGGAGGUUACAGUUUAGGUACCUCAUGGUAAUAAUAUGUGCAUCCCAAAUUGCAUUAUAUUUCCUCUAUAGAGCACCACCUUUAACCAGAGCCAUAUGGGCCCUGGUCAAAAGUAGUUCAUUAUAUAGGAUAUUGGGAUGCAGAAAAUGAAAUGUCCUUGAUUCAUCCUGAUUUCCUAAUCAUCCAAACACCUUUUCAACAUUCAUACCCAGUAACAUCUGAUGUUUUCUUAAUUAAAAAAAAAACAGUUAAAUUAUCCCAAACUCCAUUGUCAAAGAAUUUAGUGUUUAAUAUGACAAACAUACUGUAUAAAAAAAAAAAACAUUGGGAGAUGAUCAUUCGUCAUUGUUAUCCAAGUAAUUGCCUCAAGUAAGAGUUAUGCAAAUGGUUGUUGCUUGUAAAUUAUUGUUGCUUGUUUAAGCCUAAAGUUAAAUCAAAGAAUGUUGAGUUCACCAAUAAAUCUAAUCUAAGGGCUCAAUAAUAUUAACAUAUUAACAUCCAAACCCACCUCUCCAAAAGAACAGUCUCAGUGGGUGUAAGUGACACUUGCUGCAGUAUUGGGAGGAAAAGGCCUCUGAACCUGAUUAUCGUCUCUGUACACAUAUUUCUGUUUAUCAUCUAACUAUCAAACGGUCAACACUCGAACGAGUGGCACUUUGCAAUCCAAGCUUUAACGGCAGUGUCAUUACAGAUACUUAUCCUCAUCACAAGUCCUUUCUCAGUUACAACCUUGUAUCAACAGAACAUAAAUAGCACCAAAAGUUAGUCAUGAUAUCAACAUUUUGCAUCCAUUGUCCCGGGGGAGGAGGGGAUUAUGUUCAUAGGGGACAAACUGAGACAUUGUCACAUUAUGUGACAAACCUCCCACAGUUGUAUAAGUGUUACAGUAGUCCUGUGGAGAUGUGGCUAAUGCUGUUUGGAGGGUUUGGGCACACUAUAUACAGAGGUAAAGUUGUAGAGCACCGGUUUCUCAAUUUCAGUACUGGAGGGCUGUAGUAUUUGCAGGUUUAGGAUGUGUUGCCUCUGCCUGAACCACCCGAUUCAGCCAAUUGUGGGUUCUGCCCAAAUCACACCUUAUUCCCUAUAUCAUGCACAGCUUUUGACCAGGGUUCUGAUGAAAAGUAGGGCACUAUGUAGGGUACCAUUUAGGAUGUAGAUUUGAUAUAGAUUGGAAAGAUGUAUUCCCCGUCCCCUCCCCCAUCCCUGUACUACUACUGUUAGUGGUUUAAGUACAGAUGGAAAGCCUGCUGAGUUUGGCCCUCCAGGAUUUAAGGUGAUGAGAAGCAGGGUUGUUGAUGGGUUCUCAGGAUGAUGAGUUGUUGGUUUCACUACUUUCCCCCUUGGUCCGAGUCAUCUUUGGUGCUGCCAGGGCUGCUGCUCCUGCACACUGCUACUGAGCUCCUCCUCUCCGCCUUAGCCUCAAAGUCUGGAAGAGGAAAGAUGAGGGCUGUUAGCCUAUAUGCCCGACUGAGACAAUAUAAUGACAAUACAUUAUUACUCCCCCUGAACCUUUGAGUGCUUGCUAUGGUCAACUGUACACCAAUUAAUGCAUAUUAGAUUGGUUAGGGUCAUAACUUUUACGAGUACUUCACUUACUCAAAGUAAUAAAACUGGAAAUACAACAACACUAUUCAACUAUGGUAGCAAACUUUAAUAUUUGAAAUGGAAUAUUAAAUGUCAAGUGUUUUGUCUGACAGAAUGAGAGCCCACCUACAGGCUAAUAGGAUAACACUGUAGAGGGCAUAGGUGCAGUUAAAGUUUGGUCAGAGGAGACAGGUCGUGUUGAGUGAGUGAAACAGAAAAGGAGAAGGAAACCAAGGUGAGUGAUAAGAACAAAGGACGACGGUGGGGAAGUGAGAGGGAGACCGACGUCAUAGAGAGAUGAAAUGGUUGUUUUUCCCCCUCUGCUUACUUCUUAAGUAGAGGGAGAGGGAGAAAAAAAGCCUGUGCCAUUUCCCUGCCCACAGGUUUUUAUUUUUGUUCUCUGUCGCUCGGUGAGUCAAUGCAACGCCCCUCCAAUUACAGCCCACUCCUUCGCCCCCUCUCUCCAUCCAUCCCGCCCUUCAGCCCACAUGCCUAACACUGACGUCAGCCGAGGGGGGGGGUCUGUUUCUACCACCCCACAGCACUUCCUCUGCCACUCCCGCUAUCAUUCUCUCUUCCUCCCACUCAAUCUCCCUGUAUCUUUUCCACCCUGCCUACUGUGACAGCCUAGUGCUAGGGCACAGUAGUUUUAUUAACAUCUGAAUGGCUGUACCUUUAACAUUUUAAUGAUGCGUGAUAAGGUGUGACAGGAAAGGGUUAAGUACAAUAAUUUGAUGUGUCAUCAGUUAUUUACAUACGCUACUCGACCUCAUGGCAAUUUGACUGUAUUGACAUCCAUGUCAAUUUUCAGUAUGGUUUGUAGCUGAUAGGCUACCUCCUCGCCUCUCUAUCCCCCAACUAAUUUUCCUUCUUUCUCUCUUCUCCAGUCCCAGCUAGUUAGAACUCAGACCUGGCUAGUGGGAGGAAUCACAAUAGAGAUUCUGACUCACUUGGGUUCAAACCGAAGAUCCUUGAAACAGUCUUUAAAUGACUGUAGCAAAACUCUCUGGCCUUUUAGCCCUACCUCAGUUUCUACUUGUUAUCAAUGUAAACGAUACUGGCUACAGGGACAGUAUGUUAAAGUGAUAGUUCACUUCAAAAUUUAAGUUUGUUAAAAAGAUUCAGGCCUCGAAAGUGGUUUAAUAUCAGGAUGAGUCAAUGUCCCACGCCAUCUGUUGCGUAGCUCUAGUGAGAUUUGGCUGUAUGUCUCAAUCUCAAAUUAAUGGUUAAGAUAGGCACCGUUUAAAAACAAUGAAAUGAGACGGUGCGUAUAUCCUAUUCAUUUGAGAUUGAGACGUAGCCGAAUCUACACAAAAAAAUGUGAGACAGCGUCAUCUCAACAUCACAAAAACCUUUUAGUCUUAAUUUUUCAGGCCUAUCACUUUAAGAGUGUUAGUAUGAUAACUCUUGGAUGAUAAUGUUUGUAAGCCAUUAUUCAGAAAGUCACCUGUGGUGUGUGUCCCCUCUGACCUAAGGCUGACCUUGCCAGCACGGUCAUGUGACACCAUCCUAGCCAAUCGCAGCCCCUCAUCCAUGAGCGUUUGUUGCAUGAGUUGGCGAUUCCAGUUGGCAGGUAUGGAGGUGUCGGUGGGGGGGCGGGGUGAUGGAGAUUGGUUGCACUGUGAGCCUACGUCUAAGACAGACAAGGUUAGGUGUGAAUGCCAUUUUGAACCAAUCAAAUAUAGGUGCUUCUUGACAAGGCUGACUUUGCGUCCCAAAUGGCACCCAAUUCCCCAUAGACCAAAACCGACACGUGUGCAACUAUGGGGCAAAAAAAAAUGGGGUUGGCAUAGAUUGUUGACAAAAUGUAAAUACAUUUUAGUCUCCAAAUGUUUAUUAAAAACAAAUUAAUUUGCACAAUGAGCACUUGUCUCUCAAAUACAUAGUUAGUUGUUGAUUCGCUAGCUAGCGAAUUUUAGCUAUAUUAGCAUAGACAUGAGUCAAAACGCCUCAAAAUAAUACACGGUAUCAAUAACAAGAUACAUAGAGCUGAAACAAGCCACUUACAAUUCUCCAUAUGGCAGCUUCUUGUCAUUGUUGCUAGUUAUUUGACUGUUCAGAAUCAUAACACCACAUGGCCUUCUGCCUCAUCGAUGCGCACAUUUUUUGUGACGAUGUCAGCCAACCUAUUGGGCUACGGUCAAAAAUAAUACACUAUAUAGGGAAUAGGUUGCCAUUUGGGACACAGCCUGACACUACAGAAAACAUGAACUAUUUGGGCUUGAUUAUAAAUGGUGCUUUAAAGUCAGUGGGGCUCUGACAUUUACAGAAACACAUAAAGAAUGUCUGGGAAUGGAAUGUGAUUAAGUGACACUGUACAAGAUCAGUGCUAAAUGUGUUCAACAAUUACUGUAUAUAGUGUACAUGCUAGACUUACUUGACUUAAGCUGAUAUAUAGGCUAGUGUUACUAAGAAAUAAUAUUUGGAUCUGGACACCGUACAUACCUUGUGUUAGGCUGUCCAGACUCUCUCCUGAUAGGCUGUCCUCGUCAGCCCUCUGGGACAUGCCCUCUGACCCCUCAACACCAUGGAGGGAAGACACACACUCUGACACUAUCACCUGAAACACACACACUUAACCAUUAAAUACACAAAACAUCUCAAACACACACUUCCACACUCACCUGAAACACACACCAAAACGUAAUAUUGUGUGUCUUACAAUGCAAUUACUACUGAAAAGUACCUAUGGUAUAAAUUGAUUUAUGAACUGGGUGGGUGGUUCGAGCCCUGAAUGUUGAUUUGCUGACAGCUGUGGUAUAUCAGACAGUAUAACAUGGGUAUGACAAAACAUUUAUUUUUACUGCUCUAAUUACGUUGGUAACCAGUUUAUAAUAGCAAUAAAGCAUCUCGGGGGUUUGUGAUAUAUGGCCAUUAAACCACGGUUAAGGGCUGUGUCCAGGCACUUCGCUUUGUGUCAUGCCUAAGAAAGCCCUUAGCCAUGGUAUAUUGGCCAUAUAACACACCUCCUCGGGCCUUAUUGCUAAAAUAUUGUAAAGGACUAAUUUAAUUGUAGCCAUGGUAUAAAUUACAGGAUAUAAAUUAUUGCAAUUUAUUGCCAUUACAGCUCAUUCAUUGUCUAUCAAUGCCGUAUCCAAUACAUUACCAAUAUUAUGUUGACAAAACAGCUUGUGUACACCCACAAUAACACAUUUAAACAAGAGUGAGAGAGUUUGGUAUAGUUUUAUUCUUUUCUGUUAGGGGUUCAGAGACUUAAGCCCACUCACCUCAUUUUUUAUUCUCUUUUGGGAUGGUAAGCUGCAGUCAUCUGCACCUGAUCUGUAAUAAGAGAAGGUAUAAUAAAGUAAGAAGGCAGUAAAAGAAUAGCAAACCUCUUGUGCAAACUCCAGGAUUCAGUUGGUCCUGCUUUGUUCAUUAGCAAGUAGUAGCUCACUAUAUCCAAUUACAAUAUAAAAACUGAUGUCGAGUAACCAAACCUCGAGGCUAUUUGUGACUAAAAGUAAACACAUACAUUAUUCAUUGAGUUUGAAAGAUAUGUUUUUGUUAUUGAUUAUAUGAGAAGCUUGAGUAUUUGAAUGUGCUUUCAUUGUGUUGGUUACACAGUAUGACUUUGUUUUUAAGCUGAUGCACUGACUGCAGUGCUGUCUGACUAAUAGCAUGACCUUGGCUAGGCUUAGCUAUGUGUACUGUGGGAGUUCCCAGCUUUCCCUCUGUUCUAUACGCCCACCUCACUUCGCCCCUAUGCUGCCUGCAACCACAUAGUAGUUUCUCUACGAUCAUAUCUUGUUGAGAAAAGGAAUCAUUUAUGCUCAAGGCAAAGCAGAGCAUAACAUUUUAAUUUCUAAUAUCGUAACUAUUUGGGUUUCUUUCUGCAUCCCAAAUGGCACCCUAUUCCCUAUGUAGUGCACUACUUUUGACCAGGGCCCAUAGGGGAUAAAACUUAGUUAUAGAGGAAGAGACAGGGGUGGGAUGGUCAUCAGAUUGGGGUAGGGAAGACCUUAAACUGCGCAGGCUCGUGCCCUUACCUGGCAUGCUUGAGUGUGGAGGUGUAGGCACAUUCUCUCGCCACCUGUCUAGCCAAUGAGAAGAGCUCUACCCGUCUAAGAAGCAGAGCGUUGUCACGCAUACAGAACUGUGCAGCCGCUUCAUUGAUGAUCAGCUGAACAUGAGGAGGACAUAAAAUAAGGGGAAAGAGAAUGUUAGAAUGAUAUGAACAGCAUGAUAAAAAGAAGACACGGCUCAAGCCUCACACAUACCUGUACACAGAGACCUCUAAUAGUAGAAACACUGAUGCCCUUACCUCGUGAUGUGUGAGCUGCUUGCCCUCCCUCCUCUUGGAGUCGAAGCGGCCGUAGAUGAGGCUGUACUUACGGAUCUCCUCCUCUUUGGCCACAUCCUGGGGUGCCAUCUUGAAGAUGUGGCCCACAGUCUUGGCCAUCUUCUUGUUCAUCCUCAGCAGUGUCUUCACCUCUCUGGGGUCUGACCUGGGUAGGGUCCUCAGGAGCCUGUCCACGCUCUCCCCAACUGCCUGCGCCGUCUCCCCAUCCAGCUGGCCCCCGGGCCAGGCCGAGAGGGCUGCCGGGGAGAGAGAUGAGGAGGAGGCCGGGGGCGUGGAGGGACCUGGGGGACGAGGGGGGAGCAGAGGUGGGCUGGGCUGCUCCUCGUCCACCCCUGAGGCUGAGGCGCUGUUCCCGUCCUGUUCAGGGCUGAGCCAGUGGGGGUCCAUUGGGGACAGCUUGUCCCUGUAGUGUGUGUCCUGGGGCUGCGGUGAGGCCUGGGAGCAGGGGCUUCUGGGGCUCCCACUGUGCAUAGGGGUGAGGCAUGCCCUGUCCUCUCUGUCACACGGUGACCCCGGCUGCCCGUUGCUCAGGGACUUCCUGAGUCCUCCGGCAGCAGUCCCGCUAGCACCCGUCCCAUCAACCUUGAACAGAGGGAUUCCCCCCAGGGGUACGUUGGCCAGGGGCUGGUUGAAGAGGGCUGGGUUGGCCGCCCAGUCGCGGAGGGCCUUCUGCAGACGGCGCACGUGCAGUGGCUUGGUCGCCAUGCCGACCAGCGCCAUGAUUUCCAAGAACUCAUCCUCUGCAGCCUCACAGAGCUGCUGCACGUCGUCGCCACCCUGCUGGAUGAAGGUGUCGUAGUAGGCCAGCAGGUUGGCCCUCUGUAGCACCCGGUACAGUUGCAGCUCGCCCAGCGUGCGUGGCAGAGACAUGGCGCAGGACUGGAGGUGGGAAAGAAGGAACAGACCGGAGGAGAGUUACUCAAGAGUCUUAAGUUUUAAUAAAUGGCUUAUCAAUCAA